AUUUUUCCUCUUGGCUCUUCCUAUCCAACUCUUAUAAGUCUUACCCUCUGUACUCGACAAAAUCUCUCUUCUUCCACUUCUCUUUCUCUUGCUCUCUUUGAGCAAACUUUUUAAGAAAUGUCACACAGGGUAUUCCGCUUGAACGUGUAAUCCUCGAUGGCACUAAUCCCUAGUAAAGUAUUAAGAUAUCCUGCUGUUUUAGAUCAAGCUGCUAAUUCUAAUCGACAAGCAACUUUAUGUACCAUUCCUGAUUCGGCAAGAUUACAUUUUCACAGUGGAAGUCAAGUAGUUAGCUUAAGAAGAUCGAGAAGUGAACAUCACAAUGAAGCCAGGCCCAAUCAUUCCUCGAACGGUCUAUGGAGCAUAUGCAGAAGACAUAUUAGCUAUGCUAAGUUUCAGAGAUUGUUAGUACAAUGCCACUCGAAAGGAACUCCUCAGACGAAAUCGAGAGAAGACAAUAGACAUACCGGUGAAUGUGCUGAUAUAAUUGGGGAGGGAAUUGAUGAGAAGGAUAAUCAAAAAUCUUGGGGUGGCCAAAAGUUCGCUUCUACAAGUCAAGGACUUGCCAAUGCCUAUAAAUAUGCUUAUAAUGAUGCCAAGCUUGUUAAUGAAAGAGCACGUCAAGAUAUAGUCUUACUUUCUCGUGGCCUACGCAGCCUUGAUGCUCGUGCACGUCAGGAUGUAGCUAUCCUAGGUUCCGAGUUUCUCAAGCUAGAUGCUCGGGCGAGGGAAGAUACUGAAAAGAUUGAUUAUGAUGUCAAGAGAAAGGCUGAAUAUCUUCAUCACAUUGCUACAAUUCUUAGGGACAAAGCAAAAUCGAGGCUAAAGACCGCAGCAGAUCAACACUGGAGUGAUGGAGCAUUAGAGGCUGACUUACGGCGGGCUGACCUCCGUGCCAAAAAACGCGCAAUGGAAGAUACUCUUAUGGCACUCGAGUUCGUGAAGAACAUCCACGAUAUUAUGGUUAGCAAGAUGUACAAUUUCCCUAUACGCAGGAAAAAUGGAUCUCUGUCUCAAAAUAUAAUGCUCGAAAAGAAUGGAAAGGCUCUUGAUUUCUUUCCGGGUGAAGUGUCAAAUGAUCGUAUUUCUGCUAUUCAGGAAGCGUAUUGGAGUAUGGCUGCUGCACUUUCGGAAGCUGAUGGUGUUGACUACACCGAUCCAGAAGAGCUCGAGCUGUUAAUUACUACGCUCAUAGACCUUGAUGCUAUGGAUGGUAAAUCUAGCGUAUCGCUCCUGGCUGAAUGUUCUAGCUCACCGGAUGUCAAUACUAGGCAAGCAUUGGCGAAUGCUCUAGCAGCAGCUCCGUCGAUGUGGACACUUGGGAAUGCUGGCAUGGGAGCAUUGCAGAGAUUGGCAGAAGAUAGCGAUCCUGCUGUGGCGGCAGCUGCGUCAAUGGCCAUCAAUGAGCUGAAGCAACAAUGGGAAAUCCAAGAGGGUGAUAGCUGGAGGUUCAUGCUUGAUAACAAUGUUACACAAGAGGAUGGUGGCUUCAUAAGUUAAAAAAUUAUGAAUGGAUGGUGGAAAACAUAAUUAGUACUUAAUUACAUUUACUAAUUUACUACUAAUUUCUAAUUCCAAAGCCUUUACUUUAUGCCUCUACUGUGAAUAAGAAUUCCUUUUUAUUCUGUAUUUUUGUUGGGUUUUCUGUUUACUGUAAAAAUGAAAUGAUUUUACUUUUUUUUUUUUAAUUUUUAUUUUUAUUACGAGUAAUAGAAAAGAGAGAGAAUUGAUGAUU